CACGCUCACCCCCCCUCCCUCCCUAUAAAGACGACCCCUUUGAGAGGCCCAGAUCCCAUCCCACAACCAUCCGUCCAUCCAUCCUACCAGCGAAACCACAACCACCGCUCAAGUGCAAGACAUCAACAAGAAAAAGAGCGAGAAGCACAAGGCAAGAAGAUCGAAGCAAGGAAAGCACAAGCGCAAGCGUCUUCGACUCUCUUCCGGCCGAUCGGUUUCUAUGGCGGAGAUCAGCAAGAGCAGGAGGUUCGCGCUGGCGUGCGGCGUGCUCAGCCAGUACGUGAAGGCGGAGCAGAAGAUGUCUUCAGCCUCGGCGACCGCGCCCCGCGCCCCGGCGACGACGCUGAGCCUGAUGCCCGGCGCGGACGUCGCACAGGAGGAGCAGGAGCAGCAGCACAAGGAGGCCGCGACGGCUGAGGCCGGGACCGCGACGGCCGCGGCGUCCGCGGCGCCGCUCACCAUCUUCUACGGCGGGAGGGUGGUCGUGUUCGAGGACUUCCCGGCGGAGAAGGCGGCCGAGGUGCUCCGCAUGGCCGCCACCGCCGGCGCCGAGCGGGCCGCCCCGGCGGCCCCCGCCCCCGCCGCCGCGGCGCUCGCCGACCUGCCCAUCAUGCGGAAGGCGUCGCUGCAGAGGUUCUUCGAGAAGCGCAAGGACCGCCUCGGCGCGCGCGCGCCCUACGCCCGCCCCGCGCCGGCUGCGGCCAACAAGGACUCUUCCGAGGAGAAGCCGGCGUCGGCGUCGUCGUCUUCGUGGCUCGGCGGCGACCGCCUCGCCUUCGCCCUCUGAUUCGGCGAGGAUCGAUCGCUCGGAGAUCGAGCAAGAGGAUUUGCUCCUCCUAUCGGGCCGGCCGGCGCUGUAGAAAUACGUUUAUGUUGUUCCUGUAUUCUUUUGGGAAAUUUGAUACUAGUAGGCAGAUUGAAAUCAUAAAAAAAGCUUUUUUUUUGUUGUUUUCACGAUGAUUUGUUCUUUUGCAAGUUCAUCUGUUCAUGACCGAAUUCAUAAAUUAACUUGGAAUAAAACGAACCAUUUUUAUCCA